AGGCCUACAUACACAACAGAUAGUGGACGUUUCGUUUCGUAGUGUCUGUAAAUUUUACUUUCACCCCCACCAACUUAUACUGGUGUACGGACGAUUGAAAUGGAGGCGUAUUUCAAGUUACUGGAAAGCUACGGCGGUAGGGACAAAGUGCUGCGCCUCUGCUCUUUUGCGGCUAUGGCGGCUGCGGGAAACCUGAAGGGCGAGUCCGCUCGCAGACUACUCUCGGUGGCCGGGCAGAUCGGCGAGGCGAGGACCGUGCUCCGCCUGUACGACGGGUUACCUAUGCUGAGGCGAACACUGCGGCUUGGCCUAGGAUCGCGGGAGCAGGACGUGCUGGCCCGCCUGUUGACCGUCCUUAGUACCUGGUCCAUUCAGCUGUUCUACCCGUGUGAAGCUCUGGCCUGGGCGGGGAAACACCGCAUCCUGGGCGUGAAGGACCCGGGCAAGUGGGCGGGGCUCUCCGUGGCCACAUGGGCUAUUUUCCUGGCCGCACAGAUCGUUAAAAGUUUACUGAAGAUUCCCGGAAAGUGGAAUACGAUAGAGAAAUUGAGAAAGCAAAAAGUUUUAGAAGGAAACUCGGAUAUUCGUGAACAGAACGAGGUACUCCAUUGGUCGCUGGCCGAGCUGCAGCACGAGCUGAGGACGGAGUUCCUGUCUCUUGUACAGAACUUAUCCGACCUAAUGAACGCUGUCCACUGGCUGCCCAAGGGCUGGCUUUGGUCAGGCAAGCUCUCACUGGGGCAGAGCGGACUUCUGGGGGUCAUCUCCACAUCUGUGAUGUUGUACUCCAGCUUUUUAACGCCGCCAAAGCAUAAAUGAGAGAGUCAAUCCAUGAUUUACUGUUUGCAGGAGCCAUGCAUCACAGACGCAUUUGACCACCCUAAUUCUUCUAAAUUUUGGGACGGAUAUUAGUAGUGUUGAAAGGAGCAUGCUACAUUUUUAACCAGCCUUUUGGAAAAGUAAAGAUAUGAAGGUGUUGUUCAUUAGGUAGUCUAACCAUAUGAGAAGACAGAAACUCCAUAUUCCUGCUGGAAUUGUACAUAUCCUGGCUGAAAUGAGGAGAGCAGGUGUCCCAAAUUUUAGAAGUAAUAUGGUAUAUACAGGAGCGACAAUUUUCAAAUGUCAAUGUUCCGAAGCAGGAACGCACAAGUCUGUAUACCCUAACAAACCUCAGCGAGCCGCAUCUGCAUCACGACUGUGCACGUCAUUUUCAUGUAGAAAGCUAACAUGUAAAGCUUUUUGAAGUUAAAGAUGACAACACUUUGUACAUAAUGAGCUGUUUAUGUGGAGGGCUGUGUCAGGAUAAUAUGAGCUGUAUAUGUGGAGCAAAGUGUGAGGAUAUUAUGAGCUGUAUAUGUGGAGGACCGUGUCAGGAUAUUAUGAGCUGUAUAUGUGG